UAGUGUCCCUAUGGGCAAAAUAAACUAAACUGCUCUAUUCUUCCUCCUCAGUCUUCUCUUUCUUGUUCUCCCCCAGACCACCCCACCACGUUCAUCUGCAACUUUUCUUCUCCUCCCCUUUUGACCAUGUCUUCUUCAGCGAUGACUUCUCAAGGCGUGGUCUUCGCCACCGCCAUGGCUCUCUCCGGCACCGUCAUCCUCAUCGCCCUCCGUCUCCAGAAAUCUCUCCCUCCUCUUCUUCACACCCCUCACUCUUCCCCUCCGGUCCUGCGAUCUUGCAUAUCCUCUGCAGAGAGGAAGAAGGGGCAGAAGAAGAAGAAGAGAGUGCAUUUCGCCGAAGAUGUGGUGGAUUCAAGGACAGAUGGACAAGAGUUCAGGAGAAAGCAUCGCGUGAGUCACAGUUCUGUGUGUUCGAACUCUGAAGUGAAAGUGGAAGAGACUUGUAACGGCGUGAGCGAGGUCAGAGGAAUGCCGGCGAACAGAAAGGCCCUCUAUAAUGGAAUUCUCAGAGAUCGUGUGGCUCCACGACGAUUGGCUUACUCUUACUGAUUGGAUUUUCUGUGAAUAAUUUUCUCGGGGUUAUCCCUCUUCCUCCCCCCCCCCCUUUUCCUAUAAUUAUUUUCUUCAAGGAUGGGCUCGAUCAUUUCCUCUGCAGAAACUGGAAAUUAGAAGCAGAGUGAUGGGUCGUCGUAGUUACAGGCUGACACAAAAUUAACGGCCAUGUGUCUUCUAGUUUACCGGUUUUUUGUUGAUAUUUUAGGGUAAUUUCAUUGAGAUUUGGGUUAUAUACUUAUAUUCAAAACUACUUUUAACUCGCGGUUAUUAUGCUCUGGCCUGUACAUACGAUAAUUGUUGAAGUGAAAAAAUAUAUAUUAUAUCAUGGUUU